AUGCCAACACAACAGCCACCAUGUUUAAAAACUUCAACUGGAGUUGACUAUGUCGAAAGAAGUGCCACAGCAUCAAUCAAUGUUGGUCAAGGUGCUUAUUUUGAUAAUUCAACUAUUCUUGAACAAUUCGAGCGUUUGUUUAUGCUAAUUGAAUUCAAAGAAGCCUGUCGAAAUCACACAAUUGAGAUUGUUGUCGAUAAUGCUCGUACUCAUACUGCAAAAGCAUAUAGUGUUAUGAAUUUUGCAAAAGGUAUUGGAACUCGUGUUUCGGUCGGACAACUGGAAUACAUUGAUGCAAAUGGACAACAGUAA